AUGGGGCCAAUGUUCGGCACUGUGUACUCCUCUUCCUUCUCCCAAAGAGGUUUUGUGGCACUGAAAGGCACAGUGGUAAACACAACAGUGCUGGUGUUUGUUGCCGGGUCACUCAUGGGCUUCAGCAGGAUUUGUAAUUCACCUGAGAUGGUCAUCAUUGGCCGCUUCGUCACAGGGAUUCACUCAGGUAUCUCUCUAAGUGUAGUACCAAUGUACCUGGGUGAGAUCGCACCCAAGAACCUGCGAGGCUUCCUGGGUCUUGUGCCCAGUAUCUUUAUUGGCACCGGAGUCUUCGCUGCUCAAAUCCUCGGCCUACACGAGCUUCUGGGAAAGGAGGAGCACUGGCCCCUCUUUCUCUCAGUGGUGGUGGUACCCACCUUCAUCCAGUUGAUGCUGUUGCCAUGGUUCCCAGAGAGCCCUAGGUAUCUGCUGAUUGAGAAGCACAAUGUCCACGCCACAAUCACAGCCCUGAAGUGGUACAGAGCCAAGUGUAACAUCCAGGCUGAGAUUGAAGAGAUGCAGGAGGAGCAGCGCUCUCUGUCGUCAGUGGAGACGCUGUCUGUAUGGAACCUGUUGCUGGAUGACACAGUCCGCCGGCAGGUGGUCAGCGUGGUGGUCAUCAACAUCGGCAUGCAGCUGUCUGGCAUCGAUGCUUCUAAACACUUCCUGUCCUGUCCUGUUCCCCCUACACGCCUCAUCUGA